AUGGCAGGGUCACAACUUAAGCAGCUGAAAGCUGCGUUGAAAGAAAACGGACUUACAGGUCAAACAAACGUUAAGAGAAAAACUAAUAAGAAGGCUCCUUUUGAUUCACGUCGUGAUGAUACUCAAGAAAAAAUUAAUAAAAUUAGAGAACAGUUUAAUCCUUUUGAUAAGAAAAUAAAUAAAAGUAAAACAGAUACUGGUGAUAGAUUUGUUAAAGGCUCUCAAGGUAAACCUGGUGCUUCUAAAUCUCUAGCUGAAAAUCAAAGAAGAGCUGCAUAUGAAGCUAAAAAAUCAAAUAAAAAUAGAAAUGGAUUCUUUAAUGAUAGUCGUUUUGGUGAAAAUGAUAAAACAAUGACACCUGAAGAGAAAAUGCUUGCUCGUUUCACUCGUGAAAAACAAAUGCAAAGUUCAAGAAGUGGUAUGUUCAAUUUAGAUGAUGAAUCUGAUGAUGAACUUACACAUUAUGGUAAAUCAUUAGCAUUAAAUGAUGAUUUUGAACAAGAUGAUGAUGAUUUACAAAACUCUGAUGAUGAUGAUGAUUUCUUAAAACCAAAGAAAAGAAGUAGAGAAAUUGAUAACGUUGAUGAUGAAUUAUCUCAAGAAGAUGUUGUUCCAAAAAAGAAAACUAAAGCUGAAGUUAUGAAAGAAGUUAUUGCUAAAUCUAAAUUUUAUAAAGAAAAACGUCAACAAGCUCAAGAGGAAAGAGAAGGUAAAAUUGAUGAAUUAGAUGAAGAAUUUACUGAUGUCUUACAAGAAUUAGGUAGUAUUCCAAAACAAAAACAACUAAUUUUUGAAUCAAAACCAAAAGAUCCAAAUGCUAUUAAUUAUGAACAAAGUGUUAGAGAAUUAAAUCUUGAUAGACGUGCUGCUCCAGCUGAUAGAACUAAAACUGAAGAAGAAUUAAAUAAAGAAUGGGAAGCUAAACAAAAAGAAUUAGAAGAAGCAAGAUUAAGACGUAUGCAAGGUGAAGAUUAUGGCGCUGAAAGAGGUCCAGAUGAACUUGAUGAUGAUUUUUGGGGUCAAGGGAGUGAAGAUGAAGCUGAAGGUUUCCAAAUUGAUGAAGAAGAAGGGGAAGAAGAAAAUGAUGAUGAUGAAUCUCAAGAAGCUACUGAUGAACAAAGUGGUAAAAAAUUUGCUAGCUCAAAGAGUAAAUUAUCAUGUCCAAAUUCUAUUGAAGAUUUACAUCAACAAUUAGAAAAAAUACCGUUUGAAGAAACUCCAAAACAUAUAAAUAAAAUUAUUGAACUUUAUUCACCAAGACUUCAAGCUGGUAAUAAAGAAAAAUUAUCUAUAUUUACUACAGUCAUAUUGCAACAUAUUUUAUAUUUAUCAGAAUCUGAUGAGUUAGAAUCUGAAUCUUUUUCAAAAGUUCAAGAAUCUUUAGUUUCAAUAUUGAAAAAGUUAUCAGAAAAACAUAGUAUUGCUUUAACAGAAUUCAUGCGUGAAAAAAUAAUAGAAAUUCAAGAAAGAAUUACAACAACUAUAACUGGUGAAGAUGAAUAUCCAUUAAUUUCAGAUUUAACAUUUUUCAGUCUUGUUGGUGUUUUAUUUUCAACUUCAGAUCAUUAUCAUUUAAUAGUUACACCAUCAUUAAUCGUAUUAGGUGAAACUUUAGAACAAUUAAAAUAUGAUUCAUUAAAUUUAUUAAUUGCUGGUUCAUUUGUAUCACAAAUUAUACUUCAUUAUCAAAGAAUUUCCAAAAGAUUUGUUCCAGAAGUUGCAUAUUUCUUACAAAAGGCAUUAUUAUCAUUUGCUCCAAAAGAAAUUAAAGAUUCCUCAAUUGGUGCAUCUCCAGAUACUAGAAUCACAUUAUCCAAAAAAAUUAAAACACCAAAAGAAGAUGUUAUUUUAAGAAUAAGUGAUAUUGAACGUGAUUUACCAGAUUCAUAUAACGUUAAUGUUUUCUUUAAACUUUUAUCAAUAAUAGAUCUUGCAUUAGAAUCUUGGAAAGAAAAAACUGCAUUCGUUGAAAUCUCAACACCUUUUAAAUUAAUCCUAUCAAAAUUCAAUGAAUUCUAUCCAGAUUCCAAACCAAUAACUUCAUUAUUUGAAAAAUUCCAAAAAUUAAACAAAUUUGCUAAAGAUGAACGUAAACCAUUAACAUUACAAUCUCAUAAGAAAUUAGCAAUUGCAACAUAUGCUCCUAAAUAUGAAGAAAAUUUCAAUCCAGAAAAGAAAUCUUAUGAUCAUGAUAGACAAAGACAAGAUAUUAACAAAAUGCGUGCUCAAAUUAAACAAGAACGUAAAACUAAUAUGCGUGAAAUGCGUAAAGAUGCUAGAUUUGAAGCAAGACAACAAAUUUCUGAAAAGAAAGAUGAAUACAAGAAAUAUCAUGCUAAAAUGGCUAGUAUUCUUAAUACUGUUAGUACAAGUGAAGGUGCUGAAAAGAAUGCUUAUGAUCGUGAAAAGAAAGCUCGUAAAGGUAAAAAAUAA